CUGCCAUGCCAAGUAUUGAUCAAGAACGACGAUUGCUGCCCACCUAUGAGUAUAAGCAAGAUCUGAUCGAUGCUAUUAGAGAGCAUAGCUUUCUGGUUGUUAUCGGAGAAACAGGUUCCGGUAAAACAACCCAAAUUCCGCAGUACAUUCUCGAGGAAAUGCCAGAAAUGAAGAAAAUAGGUGUGACACAGCCAAGGCGUAUCGCGGCAAUCACCGUCAGUAAGCGUGUCAGUGAGGAACACGGUACCCCGCUUGGAAAAGAUAUUGGAUACAUGAUACGGUUUGAUGAUCAUACAUCGUCUUCAACUAGACUCAAAUACAUGACGGAUGGUAUCUUGCUUCGAGAGGCGGUUCAGGACCCUACACUCAGUCAGUACUCUGUGGUGAUAGUCGACGAAGCGCACGAAAGAACCCUAGAGACCGACGUCCUCUUUGGCUUGUUGAAGAAAACGCAUCGUCUGCGCCCAGAACUUAAAAUCCUCGUCAUGUCUGCAACACUGGAUGUUGAAAAAUUCUCAGACUUUUUUGACGAGUGUCCUAUCUUUGAAAUUCCAGGCAGAACAUUUCCUGUACAAAUCAUUCACCACCAGAGCAUGAAGAUCAACGCCUUGAAAUCCAAUUUCGUUUCCACCGCGGUUGAAACGGCAUUUUAUAUUCACACCAAAGAAAAGGCUGGCGACGUGCUUGUGUUCCUGACUGGCCAGGCUGAUAUCGACCGAGCAUGUCAAGAGUUCAAAGACAAGUGCAGUGAAUUAGAUUAUACUCGUGACGUUAAAUACUAUGACGUGGAUGACGAAGAGCAAGUCAAAGAUGUCUCCGUAUACCCCUUAUAUGCAAGUUUAGAAACAAUGGAACAGAGAGCUGUCUUUGAGCUUUCACGCCGUGGAAGCAGGAAAGUGGUGUUUUCAACCAACGUUGCUCAGACCUCUGUCACUAUACCAGGCAUCAAGUAUGUGGUAGAUUCAGGAUUCGUCAAGGAAAAGUCGUAUGACCCAAAUACAGGCAUGGAUGCAUUGUUGGUUACCAGUAUCAGCAAGGCAGCAGCUACUCAGCGCGCUGGUCGCGCUGGUCGAACUGCACCAGGCAAGGCAUACCGGCUGUACAGCAGUGAGAGUUUCGAGCAUUUACCGGACGAUACCAUUCCGGAAAUUCAGCGUAGUAGUUUGCUCAGCACGGUGUUGGCUUUGAAACGGAUGAAUAUUGUGGAUGUAUUGAAUUUCGAAUUCAUUGACAAACCGGACGAAACGUUAGUGAUGAAGGCACUGAGUCAGUUGUUCUUACUUGGCGCGAUCGAUCACCAUGGUGUCAUUACGGAAUUGGGCAAGCAGAUGAGCCAAUUUCCACUGUCCCCUUAUCUUUCAAGAGUCAUUAUCAGUUCAGCCACGGAAUACGAAUGCAGCGAGGAAGUCUUGACCAUUGCUAGUGUGCUGGCUGGAGACAACGACUUGUUUCGAGCCCCGUCCCCUCGACAAGGGGAAGACUUGAUUGCCGAAGCUGAGAAAUGCAAAUUGAAGUUAGCGCAUCACUCUGGCGAUCAUAUGACGAUACUGAACGUCUGGAACGAAUGGAGACGUAAUGAUGAAUCUCGUAGGUGGUGCCGUGACAACUGGGUCAAUCAAAAGGCACUAGCCAACGCAAAAAGUGUGCGCAGCCAGCUCAUCGACAUCGCGAACCAGCUCAAACUUCCCCUGGUGCGAACUCGCCGUAUUGAAGUCGAACGUACCAGUGGCAAGAAGGAGGGUCGAUCGAAAGAAGUUGUACGUGAGGUUGAUGCGGUGCCUGUCCUCAAAUCAUUUUUGACCGGAUAUUAUACCAAUAUCGCUAACAAGGCUUCUGGACGAUCUGUUUUCUCUCACUACGCACCUGAUCAGCAUUUGGCUGAGAAAUCCUCGCACACAUCGUCCGCUCUGGUGGCCCUUUAUCUCCAUCCGUUGUGUGCGCUUUCCGAUAUGUUUGAUCGCAACAAGACUCGAUACUCUCAGAUUGAAUGGGUCAUGUACAUGCACGUUACCUACACUAAUAGAGCGGUCAUGAAAGGUGUCAGCAAAAUCCUGUGGGACUGGGUACGUUCUGGCAAAGGGCAUGAGCGAAUUCGUCAACUCGCUACAGCGCACCUCAACGGCGUAGACAAGAAGAAGCUUAAUAAGAAGCGUAAACAACUUCUGGAUGACAGUAGUGCACAGGCUUCGUCGGUUGAAAGUAGCGACACGGACGCUGGCACAGGCACCGAUGCAGAACUAGAAGAAGAUAGAAGGCGAUUACGAAAACUUGAAAUAGAUGAUAUUCGAAAGCGUGCUCUUGCUCGACGUGGUGCACAAUAACAUACAUAACUCAUCCUUACAUAGACUAUUUUUUUCAGUAUAUUAUUGUAAUUUGAUUACAGUUGACAUGGUUUGUGUUUUAAAAAACCCGUUUCACUGUGAAUAGACUAAGUGAUAAACUAUAUGAUUGCAAAACUGAAAAAUCAUGUAUGAUACAAGGAUUUUCAAAUGACAAAACGGGGUCAUCAUA